ACAGCACACCACAGCGCGCGCGGUCCAGCUGCGACGCAAGCCCGGUGUCCGGAAGCGCCGAGGCCGACGCACACAUCCCGGAAACUCACCUCUACGUACCUGCGAACACGCGCACCGUCAGAAGUUGCUUUUUCCAGAGCAGUUCGACCGGAUCGGUGUUGCCAUUCAGAGACACACCGCAUGGUGGCCACCAAAACUGUGAAUUGCUCGCCUCACGUGCUCCUUGGACCACGUCAGUGGUCCUUUAUGUGCUCUUGGCCACAGUUAUUGGGCAAAUGUUAUCCUAUUACGAAGUUACUGCAGGGCUGGCCCAGACAAUGGACAGAAAUGGUGUUCAAAAUCCCUCUAAAUUGACUUGGUGCUCCAAUGGUGGAAACAUUAGGGAAUGGAUUUAAACAAGAACAUAGAAUUACCAUGAUGCUACAAGUUACCAAUAACUGAUCUUAUUUAUUUGCUGUUUCAAAAUUCCUUAUUUUUAGUGCAUUGAGAAAUAAGUGUAUAAACAACCCGCUUCGUUAUGGUGACUCCACCAUCAGAGGAAACACCUACAGAUGCAUCACACCAGAAACGGUUGUCAGUGGAUUUGUCAUUGCCAGCCCGUUGCCAUGGUGUAGAUAUUGCUUUCGAUGUGAGAGAAAUAAUUCCUCGUGACAAACUAAAACAGGAAUUUAAUGGUAAACUGGCUCAAUAUGGCAACUUUCCAGAUUUCAAAAACGAUUUUAGAAAUUCUUACCCAUCUCAAGUGUCAGAUACAUCUCCAAUCUUGGAGCCCAUCUCCACCAUUUCAUUACACACUGACCAGAAAGCAGUCAGUGACACAGCAAAUUGUGCAGUUAAAUUUGAAGAAGGUACAAAAUCAUCAGCAGACAAAAAUUCAGAAAAGGAUAGCAUCUGCAGCAGUAGCCCCUCCAGCAAGGAUCAUUCAGAGAAGACCAAAGUGCCGGAUGGAGGUUGGGGCUGGGUGGUUGUGAUUGCAUCACUUGUCAUCAGCAUGAUUGCUGAUGGUGUAAGUUUCUCCUUUGGGUUAUUGUUCAUACAGUUGCUGGAUCAUUUUGGUGAGAGCAAGAGCAAAACAUCUUGGAUUGGAAGUCUGUUCAUGGCAGUCCCACUUUUAUCUGGACCGGUUGGAAGUGCUUUGGUAGACAGGUAUGGCUGCCGUUGGAUGACCAUUAUAGGAGGCAUUGUUUCUGGCAUAGGUCUUACAUUGAGUGCGUUUGCUGAUUCUGUGGAGAUGUUGUACAUUACAUUUGGUCUGAUUGCUGGCUUGGGAUUAGGACUGUGUUACGUGACAGCAAUUGUUAGCAUUGCUUACUGGUUUGAUAAGAAGAGGACUUUGGCGACUGGUCUGGGCUCAUGUGGCACUGGAAUUGGUACCUUCAUCUAUGCACCAAUGACGACUUACUUUAUUGAAGAGUAUGGAUGGCGUGGGACGACGUUGCUCCUAGCUGGUACAUUCUUCAACAUGUGUGUAUGUGGAGCACUGAUGCGUGAUCCAGAUUGGUUGGUACUUGAGCAGAGAAAGCAAGCCACAAGCCACUUGUACAAAUCUGGACGAGCAUCUUCAAGUUGUGCCUCUGUAUCUGGCCGAUCAGAUAAUGCUGGUGACUUCCCGGGUGUAGAUGGGAUCCGCAAAAUGCUCUCAAGUGGCCAUUCGCCAGAAUAUGUGCUGACGACAUUAGCUGCCAAUUUGCAGGACACAGACUUACCCCCAGGAGAAUCGGAGGUGGAUGGUACAAAAACUCCAGCUUAUAGUUCAGUUGUAAAUCUCCCCACAUUCAUUCAUAGAAGUGAGAAGGUUCCACUGGAAGUGCUGGAAUCACUCUGCACUAAGAGGAGAGUGUUCAGUGUAAUAAUGGAAAAUUAUCCAAGCCUACUUUCGUGCAGAAGUAUGUCAGAUAAAGGUAUCAACAAGCUUCCUGUAACAUCACACUCAGUUUCUCACCGUAUCCCAGUGUCAAUGGAGGUCCACAUUCCCAAGAAAGAAGAAUCAAUUCCAGCUUGCGAGUACGAAGGAAACGAUGCAGAAAAACCUACUCAGCAGGCUACAUCACCACUGCUGCCUAAUGGAGGAGUGACACAGCCAAUGAAUAUAAUUCCACUGGCUACAGGGCCAUCAAACUACCUAAAAGGCAUCCGUAUGCACAGGAAUUCUGUAAUGUACAGAGGCGCUAUGUUGAAAAUACACAAGUAUCGGUUGAGAGCGUCAUCCUGCCCUGAUAUCUAUCGUAACUCUAUGACCACCAUAGCAAAGGAAACAGAGGAGAAAUGGUAUUCUGAUAUACUGGACCUUUUGAGGGACAUUGUGGACUUCUCAAUGUUCUUGGAACUGCAUUUCCUAUUUACAUCACUUUCAACUAUCCUGCUUUUUACAUGGUUUAUCGUCCCGUACUUCUAUUUGGCUGAUUACAUGAUGCUCUAUGGAUACACUGAAAAUGAAGCAUCACUUCUGCUCAGUAUUAUUGGCCUCACUAACUGCAUUGGAAUGAUUGCUCUUGGAUGGGCUGGUGACAAACCCUGGGUGAAUGUAACCAAGUCAUAUGCUUUGUGCUUAGUGAUGUGUGGUGUGGCAACUGGAUUAAUGCCACUAGUCAUUACUUCAUACUGGAUGUUGGCAUUACUUUCAGCUCUAUUUGGUUUAUUUUUUGCAUCUUCAUUUUCAUUUACUCCAGCCAUUUUAGUGCAGCUAAUACCUCUUGAUCGUUUCACAACGGCGUAUGGACUGAUGCUGCUUUGUGAAGGAAUUGGAAAUCUUCUUGGCCCACCAUUAGGAGGUUUGGUUUUUGAUCUGACUGGUUAUUGGGAUCUUUCCUUCUACUUAGCUGGUGUUUGGAUUGUUUUAUCAGGCAUUCUCAUUGCCCUGAUACCCAUCACGAAGAAUCAAGUUAUAUGUGGCAAAGGAACACUUGAAUUGGAAAAAGAACAAGAUCAGGACUCUGUUGAUGUACCAUAAAACUUCUUAAGGAAAAAAAUCAUUUUCAUGGAAAAUGAGGCAUCUUGAUUCAUGUUUGAGGCACAUAAGAACCUCAGCAUCCUGUAAUACUCUUAUUAGGUUGUGACACCAAUCUAAAAAAAGCUGUUGGGUAAAUGUUAUGUAUGUGAAACUUGUUUGUUGCAAUUGUAAUAAAUAGCUUUAAUCUCUUCAGUGACUGACGACCUAAUGAUAAACUGGCUUAAUAUACACAAUUUCCAUCAGAGGAACUUCACUUUAAUAGAUUUUCACAGCCUGAUUAUCAGUAAGGAAGAAUGCUAAAUAGGUUAUGUUCAAUUAUUAAUUGUAUAUUUGUGUAUAAUAUUUAAUUUUGUCUUAUAUUAAGCGCAAUCAAUAUGAACAGAGACUGACCAUAACUGGAGAGGUUCUUACUGGAUUUGAUAGUAUUUGGUUUCUCUUAAGGAUAAGAACACUUACAACCACGUUUAUGAUUGCAGAGCUCCAGGAUAGUCAAAAUAGCUAUUUUGUAGCCAAUAAAUUAGUGUCAAGUGUCAGAGGUUGAUGUUCACAAGGGGAUAACGUGCUAACAGCUCUGAUUAUAAUAUGCAGUUAUGGUCUAGGCAACACCAAAACACUGACAGUAAUUUAGUAGUGACAACACAAAUUCUUUUAUCAUUUUAGUAUUUGAAAUCAUAAUCACAGAAAUAAAAACAAAAUCUUUUGACAUACCGUGUCUAGUUGAGUAGAAUGUAUUGGAUAUUAUUGUGUUCAUACAGCAUGUGAAACACAUUUGACAAUUAUACAGUGUGUCUUAAACAGAUUGAGGCUAUGCUCUUAUAAAUGCAGGUAGCAUUAAUAUUAAUCCUUUAAAUUGCUUGCCUGUAAUUAAAAAUUUAAUAUACUCCUUCUUUUUACAAAGAAAGAAUUAUAGAAGUUCCUGAACUUUUUGUGAAUGUUGUAGUUGCACAAUUAAGUGGAAAAAAUUCGUAGCAGAUCUACUUCUCUCCUACACACAUUCUUAGCUUUGCAUAGCAUAACAGUUAUUGCUCCAAGUUUGACAGUUAUUUUAUUUUCAUUGAUAAAAAGUUAUUGUUAUCUAAAUUAGUUGCACUUAAGUGUUAGAUAUGAGCAGUUAAAGUUAAAAUGAUCUGAGUGAGGAACAAUUCCAUAAAUUCCCCAGAAAAUGUGUCCAGACCUUAAAUAAAAAGAGUACUCCAUUAAUUGGUUUAAUUACAUAUACAGUUGUCACACCAUAACCUACCGGAAUCAGUUUUCUAUUCUAUGACUACUUAUACCACAUAUAUGCGAAUAAUAUAAUUCACCAAAUAAUCUGCGCACCCAAAUUUUAAGGGGGGGGGGGGAGACUGGUUUUAAUUUGUUUUUGUUUAUACAUUGUGUAUCUUGCUGUUUAAGUGCAGCUUAUAUAUCGAGUUGUUGCAGGAUGGAUGUUAUGCCUCCGGGGGUAAUAACAGCUAAUUUUCCCUUUUUGUAACUUGUCUCGCACUUCCUCAAUUCUGUCUCUAAAAGCUGCCCAGGACUGACAUGGUACAUAAAUUCAGUAACGCUACAGGGUGACAUUGCCAAACCAUGCCACCCAGUCAACCGCAAGGUCAUUGUCCAUCCGCCCCUUCACGUUCACUGUCACCAAUAUGGCUUUCAGUGAUCUUUUUGCAAUAGUUUCUUUUACAUUUUACGUUAGGUGGUAGCUAUCAUCCAUUGCCAGUUACACACAUCACUGUACACCUUUGCCACUCAUUGCUGCCAGUUCGAAUCAUGACGCUGCAGUCCCCUUGGAUCUGUAUUAGCAACUUGCAAUAAUAUAAAGGAAUGUUUGCAGUGCAAAUUUAUCACUUAGUGAUGAAAAUUCACUACUUUUCCUCCAAUCAUCUGGCAGCUGUUGAGCAAUGGUAGUUUUGCUCUGGAAGCCUAAUCCAUUGUGAUGGAAAAAUAUUGAUAGCCAGCCCUAGCUAACAUUGAAACCGGUGAUGCUUAGUUCUUUGGCUGAAGCCAAUGCUUUGAUUUGGCACCUUUCACUUGUCACUGGGCAUCCACAUUGUCACUUCUUGCCCACGUAAUUGCAGAGCCUUUUUUCGAGAUCCAUAUGCUUUGCUUUUUGGCUGUGAAAUCGCUGGCGAUUACAGUUUGUUUCUUGGAGGCGCAUUUUGUUUUUUCACCAUUCGCAAAUAACACUUGCUCACAUCCUACUUUAUUCCCACUGCACGGUUUCCAAUGUUCUCUGCUCCUUCAGUAAUUUCAAGUUUUUUUUAGCUGUGUAUGAGCAGUAUUGAGAACAUCCAUAAUUAAUUAGUGGUUAAUGCACUUCUAAUGUGCUAUUGAUGUCACAGACUGAGGCCACGACAACACUAUAGUAUAAUGGGAUCUAUUGUUGGAGGUGGACAGUACCAACCUUAUUACAAUUAAUCUACACAACCCAGCAUUUCAUCCUUAAAUUCAGGGUAAAAACGAAGCCCAGACUACUCAUGUCUAUACGGUAUUUGAACUCUUCGAUUUUGUGCUGAGAUUGAUUUCUAGAUUCCUUAUUCUAGUGAACAUAUAGCAGUAAGAGUACAAAGUGUAUUUGGAAUGGGAUGUUGCAUUCAUUUGUCGUAGAUAAUUUUCUGAAUGUUUUCCAUUUGAGAAUCCCUAACACAGUACUUGAAAGUCUGCUACAGUUUUUCUAUAAUAUCUUCUGUUUUCAUCAAUGUGGAAGCAAACUAUUCUUUACCCAAGUCUUUUUCGUUUGUAAGGAUGAUUUUUAUCUUAGAAUCAUUAAAAGACUCAUCCUAGGGCUGUGAAGAAAAAUCUGUUAGAACGACUAUUACAGUGGUAGAAAAUUAUUUAUUUCAUUUGACUGUUGUUGCAAUUUGAAAUGCAGCAGCUGCUUCUCAAUUAGUUGGUUUGGCAUUGUUAUAGUUUUUCUUUGGUUCUUUUUUACUUCUGGAGAAAAUUUUAAAUUAUCCAUAGAAAAAUAUUUUAAAACAUUGUGUUUGGAAUAUAAUGUGACUUGUGGCUCCCAGUUUUGCAAUAGAAUUGAGAAAGAUGUAAUAGGAUCUGUCUGCUUAAUUGAUUUUUCCCUCCUCUGCAUUUCCUGAAAUGGUUGAUUGUAUUAAAAGUGUGACGUUUAAGACUGUGAGCUAUCAGUGAGUUAUUGAGUUAUCAAGUGAAUUAUUGAGUUAUCAAGACAAUGAAAAUCUCAAAUGCACAUACUCAUCAGUGGAAAUUCACUUGGGAAACUGAAUUAGUGGAAAUAAGAGGUGAAAUGAGCUUCAUGUAUGAUAACAAUAUCUUAAUGUCCAUGAGUAAGGCAUAUGUUGAACAAAAGUAGUAGCUAAUUGGUGGCUACUUGUCUCUAAAUUACUGAUGUAGUAAAAUAUGACGUUAACAAUUGGAUGUCGAUUGUUAACCAUUGUGAUUAGAACUUCACAAGUGUAUAGUAAAUGCUGAAACCAUGUCUACAAUAAAUCCUUUUGGAUCUUCUGAAUCUGUAACGACAUUUUGCUUUCUUUUCUUAAGACACGAAAUUUGAAGGAUGUAGCAAAGAAUUCUGCAUCUUCGUCAAUCAUCCCGUUGAAAAUUUACCUCCUGUGUAGGAGGCUUUUAGCAAGCUAGACAGUUCUGGAUGUGAUGUUUCUGGGUGUCCAGUCAUAUACUUCAUUUAACUCAUUUUUGAAUGUCCUGUUGUAAGCAUAAUAAAUUUGUUGUUAACUUUUGCAUACAAUAAUUAUUACACGCCAUGCUGAAUGACAGAAUAGUGGUUUGCAUCCUUGUGGCCUACAACGAACCACACCAGUAUAUUGAUGCCCUUUUUCUGUGCAGUACAGGUGUAACAAUUUGUACAUACAUGAUUGUACACGAUGACAAUGUAUUCAUUCCAGCUUUUGCUGGAGAUAAUGAAUGUGAAUUUCCACACCAUUAGAAUUUCAAACUUUCCACAGAAAGUUAUAAUCAUGCAUGAAGUUUCUGAUACAAUUGAUAAGUACUCCUAUUUGACAGGGCAGAUUUUUUUAAACAUCACAUAAUUUUGGACUAAUGAUAAAUGGUAGUAUUGCACAAAAUGAUUUUUUUGAAAUCUGGAGAUGAUCAGAAUUCAUUUAGACUGGUUACUCUCCUUCCUUGUGCUUCAAUAAUUAUUAGUCUGUGGUAGCCUUAAUUUCAGUUUAUUGUGAUCUUAAGAGAUUAAUAUAUUAGCAUUUAUACAAGGAAAUUUGUAAUUUUGAUAGCAUAGUUUGUCAAGCUGGUUAUUGAAAGUGCAUGAAGAAGUUCACAGAGAAAGUUUGAUGCUGUAUUGAAGAAAUAGAUCUUGUGCCUUUUCUUGUCUAUAUAGUGUAUUGAUUGAUCUGUCUUCGCCAGUCAUCAUUCACAUUUCAUUGUUAAAAUUAAAAUUAAUGUAUUUACAUAAGCAAAUUGUUGUUUGUAGUAUUCUCAGGACCAUAAUUGUAUUCAUUAGCUUUUUCAUAGUGUCCUCAAUUUAUAUGAAAUGAGACAUUACUUUUACAAAUUUAUUCUCAGAACUGUUCUAAAAUUAUUGCACUCAAAUGUAGUGCUUCGUUGAAUUUUGUAAAGUCUAAACUAAAGCAAUAAUGUUUAUUCUACUAGCUAUAAUUAUUUUUGUGUGUAAUGUCUUUCAUAUGCUGUUAUGGCAUGUGAUACAUAGUGGUAUUAAUUAGGAAAGCUCAAAAAAAGGUAAUUACUUGUGAAGAUUUCAUUUGAUUUCCCAACUCUGUUUGAAAUUACACAUGACAUGUACAUAAUCUGUGUCUUUCAAGUGAAGUGCUAUAUCUUUUAAUUGUAUUUAUCUUGCUACAGUUUAUCUCACUUUCACAUUAAGAGUAGAGGAAGAGAGAAAUUGAGACGAGGAAACCUUCAUGCAUGGAAAUAAGAUUCUCUCUCCCCUACAUUACGGGUUAUCAGACUGUUUAUUUUUGGUAAUCAUGCAGUUACAUUCUCUGCAUUUGUUUAAUACUGAUCAGAUGCUGUAAAGCCAAAGUGAUAUUAUUUUACAGAUGACAUAUUUCUUUAUUUGAUGAAGAGUCAGUGAAGUAUCUAUGAUCAAACAUUAUUACGCCUACUUUGAAAUGUAAAUACAUACUGAAAUUUUGUUCUGAUACAAAAUUCAGCGACUGAAAAUAUUGUGGUUGUAAUAAUUAUAUAUAUCACUGAAAUCAUUUUUUUUAAUUGUUCAUAUCAUCUGCCAUGUUCCUCUCACUAAGUGUUAGGCAGACUAGGCUGUGAUUGUGAAGUAUUGUUUGGUUUGUUGUAGAAAGUUUCUCUUUAUUUCUGUCAAAGUACAACUUACAUUACCAAAGUCCUGCUCAGUAUUUUAAGUAGAUUCUAUUGAAAGUACUAAUGUAAGUACUCACAAUUUAAAGACUGUAGUAGUAUCAUAAUUAUACAUUUAUUAUUAAUUCAUUUAGUAAAAAAAGAAUUUAUCUUGUAAUUUGUUAAACACAAAUUAAAGGGGGCUGUCAAGUUUAUUGGGUGUAAUGUAGUGCCUUUCAAAAUGAAAAUUUUAGAAAUACAGGUUUAUUGUGAGACUGAUCUCUUGUCUUUUUUUGUGAAAUAGUAUUCAUUGGUAUUGACUUGUUUAAAAUUACAAGAACUCUGAUUGUGUAUGUCGCAUUUUUGCCAAGACAUAAAUUUCUCAAAUGUAAGUAGUUACAGUAAAUGAUUGGUAAAAUUACUAACAACAGGUUUCAUUGUCUCAGAGAUGAUUAUAGUUACAAAUGAAGCAAUAAUGUUAAAAAUUUAUAUAUAAAAAUUUUUUGAUGGCCAGUUUGUACAUAUUUUUCUGUCCUCAGUGGAGCAGAUGUGUUGAGUCCACAAGUAAAACAAGCAGCUACUGCAGGCCAGUUGCCUGGCCUCAUUGAGUUUAAUCGUA